GUGGACUUUCCACUUGAAUUUCAGGACAGCACGGAACUACCGCAAAACCAGAUACAUGAAAGAAAAGGAGAGAGAGGAAGAAACAAGAAACAAAAUCCCAUUUCUAACGCCAUAAAGAUAGAAGAAAGAGAAUUAAAACCAAAAAGCAACUGCCGUAAACUCAUGUUCUUAUUGUACUAACAGAAAGAAAGAAAGAAAGUGGUUUUGGUGAGAUACGAAACAAAGAGAACAGUAAGGUUUCUUUCCAAUGGCAGCAGAGAAGCAAGCACCACCACGCCCUACAAUAACUCUGCCGCCGAGGCCAUCUAUGGAUACCCUUUUCACUGGUGGACUUAGUCCGGGUCCCAUGACUCUUGUCUCUUCUUUUUUCUCUGAUAACUACCUUGACUCUGAUUCCCGUUCUUUCUCUCAACUUCUCGCUGGUGCUAUGGCUUCUCCUAUUGCAAGACCUUCCUUUUUCACCGAUGCCUCUUCUAACAAGCAAGACGGACUUGAUAAUAGUGCCAAUUUGGGGUUUAAGCAAAGUAGGCCUAUGAAUUUAGUAGUUGCUCAUCAUUCUCCAUUGUUUACUGUCCCGCCUGGGUUAAGCCCUUCUGGUUUGUUAAACUCACCUGGCUUCUUUUCUCCUCCUCAGAGUCCUUUUGGAAUGUCCCACCAGCAAGCCUUGGCACAGGUUACAGCCCAAGCUGCACUAGCUGCCCAAAAUCAUAUGCACUUGCAAGCGCAGUAUCAACCUGCUCCAGUAUCAGCUUCCACAGAGUUAUUGACUCGGCAGCCCUCCUUCACUCCUGGUGAAGCUUCACAGCUACAGAUGCUUCCCUCAACGUCUGAACCUCAUAAUUCCAUGGUGGAAGCAUCAGACCUCUCUCAUUCUGAUAGGAAACAGCAACCUCCUCUUGCUGUUGAUAAACCGAGUGAUGAUGGCUACAACUGGCGCAAAUAUGGGCAGAAGCCAAUUAAGGGCAGCGAAUAUCCGCGGAGUUAUUACAAAUGUACACAUCUGAAUUGUCCUGUCAAAAAAAAGGUUGAGCGUUCUAGUGAUGGCCAAAUAACUGAGAUCAUCUAUAAAGGCUUGCACAGUCAUGAGCAGCCUCAGCCUAAUAAACGUGCAAAAGAUAGUAGUGACCAAAAUGGAAGUACAAGUUCUCAGGCUAAGCCUGAACCUGGUUCCCUAUCUCAAGCUGGUAAUAUAAACAAAUCGAAUGAAACCUUUCCUGCUCAUUCAGUGCAUGGGAUGGAGCAGGAACCUACUCAAGCGAACACAGAACUACCUGGGUCAAGUGACAGUGAGGAAGCAGGUGAAAUGAGAGCAGAAGAUGGAAACGAGGAUGAACCAAACCCGAAAAGAAGGCAGACAGAUGUUGGGACAUCUGAGGUUGCUUUACCACACAAGACAGUCACAGAACCAAAAAUCAUUGUGCAAACAAGAAGUGAAGUUGAUCUAUUAGAUGAUGGCUAUAGGUGGCGCAAGUAUGGCCAGAAGCUGGUGAAAGGGAAUCCUCAUCCAAGGAGCUAUUACAAAUGCACUAGUGCUGGGUGCAAUGUCCGUAAGCAUGUUGAGAGAGCUGCAGCAGACCCUAAAGCUGUGGUAACCACAUAUGAGGGAAAACAUAAUCAUGAUGUUCCUGCAGCUAGAAACAGUAGCCAUAACACAGCCAACAACAGUGCACUACAAUUGAAACCUCAAAAGGUGGUGGCUGAGAAGCAUCCUUUCCUCUUUGGGAACAAUGACAAAAGACCAGUACUUCUACAACUGAAAGAAGAGGAAAUCGCAGUAUAAAUGCUCUGCUUAAAACUGCUAGAGAACUAUAAGGAUGACUCCAGCCAACUAACCUGGUAGAAUGAAGAAGAGAGGAAAGUCUUUUGAAAGUUGGGAGACCUUGGUGGUUUUGGUUCUUUUUCAUUUUGGUGCUUUUUUCUUUUUUUUUUUCUUUUUUGUUUGUUUUACCUUUUUGAAUGAAAUGUAGUUGUAAUUGUUGCUGCUGCACAUGUUAACAAUUUGAUACAUAACAUUAUUUCACUACAGUUAUGUAAAAUUAAAUUUAGAAGUUGCAGUGUAUAUGGUUGUUCACAGUUGAGUGGAGAUGACAAUAACUUGACAUUUGCGAGUAA